UUAUUCAGUUAUAAAAUGUUUGAGCCGUAUGUGAAAAUCAAAAAAAAGCGAAACGUGCACGAAAUCUAUCAAAAUGAGAAUGUUGUCGAUGUGAAUUUGGAGCAACAGCAGCAACAGUCAUCGCAGCCGCCGCCGCAGCAGCAGCAGCAGCAACAAACGUCGCAGCAGCAGCAACAGCAGCAAGCGUCUAGUGAUAAUUGUUGCUGCCAAAGUGGCCCGCGAAAUGUUGCUUUGAGCAGCGCUUUGGCUGAGACGCCAGCAGCGAGCAGCAGCAGCAGCGGCAGCAGCAACUGCAGUCGCCUGCAGCAAUUGAUAUCAACGCCUCCAGUAUUACUGCGCAGAUCGUCGCUGUCGACGCCAGCGUCUGCGUCUGCGUCUGCGUCCACGUCAACGUCGACGUCAACGUUGCCGCAACACCCACACACUGUUGCUGCCAGCACGCCAUCGCCGCCGCCGCCACAGCAGCAGCAGCAACAAGCGGCAGCGCCUUCAGUUUUGCAACAACAUUUGGGUCACCUGAAUUACGAAAGUGGAGCAACUGCAGCGGCAGCAGCAGCAGCGGCAGCAACGAGAAGUGGCACAGCAACACUGGCGCAACAUUUGGCAACACCCAGCAGCAUAUUGCAGGCAGCUUUCAACAACAACAACAGCAGCAGCAAUAGCAGCGGCAGCAAUAACAGCAGCAAUAACAGCAGCAACUUACAAAACAUUUUGACGCGCGCACAAAGUUCCUCCGCUGCCGCCGCUGCCGCCUCCUCGAACAACUGCAGCAGCGCCUGUGCCGGCAACAGGCACUACAACGGCGGCAACAACAACAGUAACAACAACAGCAACAGCAGUAACAGCAUAAUUGCCAGCCGCCUGUUUGGGCCCACUUUAUCCACCGCCAGCUCCAGUUCGUCCUCCUCCUCCUCUUCGUCCUCCUCCUCGACUCACCUGUCGCCGCAUCAUCAUCUGCAUAGCCAUCAUUCCGCGCUGACCAAUUCAAUAACGAAUCGCAUUAAUCAGUCGAUACGGCGGCAUCUCAACCAGCAGCAGCAUCAACACAACGCCUCAGCCUCAGCCUCAUCCUCAGCGAGCACCAGCUCCAGCUCCGCCUCCUCUGCCACAGCAUCUGCCUCUACCUCUGCCUCCGCCUCUGCCUCCUCGUCACACUAUCAGCAGCAGCAGCAGCAGCAACACUUUAAUUGCGCUCAUCCUGCACAGCAGCAACAACAGAGCCACAGCCAUCAUCAUCACCAGCACCACAACAACAACAACCACCACAACUACAACAACAAUCACCACAACAACCACCACAACAACCACCACAACAACAACAACAGCAACAACAAUCAACAACAGCAACAAUCUCCUCUGUGCCUAGUAUUAUUAGUUAAAUGCCCCAAUUCGAAGGAGUUUUGUAACGCCGCUGCAAAUUUCUGUGAUAAAAGAUUGCCGGUAAACGAAUGUCAGGCAAGCCAAACAGCUAGAGUCACCUCGAACCUGCACGCAUCCAGUAGCACAAUGGCGGUCAGCCGUGUUCCAUCGCCGCCCCUGCCGGAAGUUAAUACGCCAGUUGCUGAGAACUGGUGUUACACGCAGGUCAAAGUGGUUAAAUUUAGUUAUAUGUGGACCAUAAAUAACUUUAGUUUUUGUCGGGAAGAAAUGGGUGAAGUACUCAAAUCGUCCACAUUCUCAGCAGGUGCUAAUGACAAACUAAAAUGGUGUUUACGGGUGAAUCCCAAGGGUCUCGAUGAGGAGAGCAAGGAUUACUUAUCAUUAUAUUUACUGUUAGUUUCGUGUAACAAAUCUGAAGUCAGAGCCAAGUUCAAAUUUUCCAUACUAAACGCAAAACGUGAGGAAACCAAAGCAAUGGAAUCCCAGCGAGCUUACCGUUUCGUGCAGGGCAAAGAUUGGGGCUUUAAGAAGUUCAUACGCCGCGACUUUCUCCUGGACGAGGCCAACGGCCUCCUGCCCGAAGAUAAGCUGACCAUUUUCUGUGAGGUCAGCGUCGUUGCGGACAGCGUCAACAUCUCCGGACAAUCCAAUAUUGUGCAGUUCAAAGUGCCCGAGUGCAAGCUCUCCGAGGAUCUCGGCAAUCUCUUCGAUAACGAGAAAUUCAGCGACGUGACGCUCUCCGUGGGCGGCCGUGAGUUUCAAGCGCACAAGGCCAUACUGGCAGCGCGCAGUGAUGUCUUUGCGGCCAUGUUUGAGCACGAGAUGGAGGAGCGCAAGCUGAAUCGUGUCGCCAUAACCGAUGUGGAUCAUGAGGUUCUCAAAGAAAUGCUCCGAUUCAUAUACACGGGCAAGGCGUCCAACCUAGAAAAAAUGGCUGAUGAUCUCUUAGCGGCUGCUGAUAAAUACGCACUCGAAAAGCUGAAAGUGAUGUGUGAGGAGGCGCUGUGCGUCAAUCUCUCUGUUGAAACAGCAGCCGAAACGUUAAUAUUAGCUGAUCUCCACAGUGCGGAUCAAUUGAAAGCACAAACGAUAGAUUUCAUUAAUACUCAUGCCACCGAUGUGAUGGAAACCACGGGCUGGCAAAAUAUGAUCACAACACAUUCACAUUUGAUAGCGGAGGCAUUUCGUGCGCUCGCAACACAACAAAUCCCACCAAUUGGACCACCAAGGAAACGCGUGAAAAUGAGCUGAAACCACAAUGCAGCAACAAUCCAUCUAACAACAACAACAGCAACAGCAACAACAGCAGCAACAAGCAACAACAACAAUACCUACAACAGCAACAAUAAUAUUAACAACAACAAUUGUAACAUACAUUUUAACAGUUGCAUGCAAAUUGAUUAUUUGAUCAACAAAUUCAUAUGCGAUACAGCAACAACAACAACAACAAGAGCAGCUAUUAAUAAUAUUAUCAAUAAUAACAAGAAGAAGAAGCCGCAGCCGUUUAUUGUUUCGAUAUCGAGUAAUUUAAUUUUCAAACACUUGAUAAAUGUAAUAUUUUUAUUUUGUUGAUUUAUGAUUACGAUUAAUGCAUAAUUUUAAGAUUAAAUUGAAACAACAAAAAACAAACUUGCUUAAACAACAAAAAGAGAAACAAAAUAAAUAAACAAAAAACAACAAAUCAAUAAGAAUAAAGUUCAUAAGUAACGAAAGGCAAAUAUAUAAAAAACAAAAAGCAAAAACAUAAAGAAGUAAAAUGCGUAACUAUUAUAAUUAUUAUUAUUAUUAUUAACUAUAUUAUUAUGAUUACCGCGUAUAAUUACAAAGCGUACACUUUGAUUGUGAUGUAUAUUCGAUGAGUAUGACUAAUGCAUAAUGAUACGGAUAUGAUAAUGAAGUUGAUUUAUAUAUUGUGUAUAUGUAAACUCUGCUAAUUGAAUUCAAACGAGAGAGAGAGAGAGAGAGAGCAUUAAAGGUUUUAUUUUUGUAUUUACCGAAAACUAUACCACCCCCCUCCCUCCCUCCCUCCCUACCUACCUCCCUCCUCUACACACACACACAGCAGACACAACAAAUUCGCUGCAACCACCGCACACACACACACCCUUUUCAAUAGAACAGUAAAGGAAUCGAUUGUAUACAUUAAAUUUCUUCUCUUUUUCGUUAAAAAUAAACUUCAAUGUUUUUUGUUUUUAAGUA